GACUCCCUCGUAAUACACUGCAGAAAAUUCCAUGAAGGAGAGGGUCUGCCCCAAAAAUCGAAUUCCACCAAUGGGCAAUACAAAACAACGAAAACCAGAGGCCUUCCGGCAUUAGUCUGCCCCUCAUGUGGCCACCAAUGUAUGCGUAAAUCAGGCCUAACUCAACACCGAAUGUCUCGACACGGGUAUCAACCUAUUCGCGCACACCAGCCAACGCGACCAAUGCGAAGAAACAGCUCUGCAUCUUUUGAGUUGCAUCACUCUUCAUCCACUGCGAGUUCAAUUUGCGAUAGUUGA